CUCUUCCCAGUUCUCGUCUCGCAUGCCCUUUCUUCCUCCGACCGCCGCGGUUUCUCCCCUUCCCGUCCGUCAUUCCUUUGCCGCCGUUACUUGCCUCCCCAUCCAGAGGGCUCCGUUUUCCUGUCUUUUGACCGCGCUAGUUCUCUCCUGAAGAAGGGCAUUCUCAGCAGACUGAAAGCUGAACCAGGUCUAUACAUCACCAAUUCUGAGCUUCGGAACUGCCUUUUCCUUAGAAGCUACAAUUACUGCUGUUGAUAGCGUAAGGCCUGUUUUCUAUUGCUUGAAAUCGAGAUUUUUCUUUCAAAUAACGUCUGCUUGGCGGUCAGCUGACUUCACGUUUUCCCGUCGUGUUCCUAUUCGAAGUUUUAUUUCUUUGAAAUUGAUAUUCUAAAAAUGUUUGUCUGCUUGUCUAGGCGGACUUGCGCGCUAUGUGUUCGACGAAUUGCCCCACUGAAAGUUGUGUCCUCAUUUCUUGAUUGUUGGUUUUCCUAAUCGUUCUCUGGCUGGAAUUCUGUAAAAAUUGCAGAACGUUUGCUUUCAUCUGCUGAAAACAUUGCCUGUCAACUGAUAAUAGCUGCUAGGUGGGUGAACUUUCUCCGCUGCUGGAUGCCCCACUAAUCGUCUGUGACUCUAUCCUUCCAUUUGCCAUCAUCUCCUCCAUCACCAUUAACGUAGUUCGGAGAUGCUGUCUUCAGCAAUUUCCCGCCUCAAUUUCCUUCCGAAGCCCUCUAUCGCUAUUUUAUCUCACGAAGGCUUCAAACACUGCGAGCAGCGGUUGUGGAAUCUAAAUUGCUCUCUCCUUUACUCGCGCUCCUGCGUUGCUUCCACUCCCCGUGUUUCCUCCUCCUGUGCACCCACUCGGGCGUCUAAAGACGACUUGGUUGUUCUCGGCAUUGAGACUAGCUGUGAUGACACUGCAGUCGCUGUUGUUAGAAGCAACGGCGAAAUCCUGAGCCAAGUUAUAUCUUCUCAGUCAGAGUUGCUUGCUCGAUAUGGAGGUGUUGCUCCCAAAAUGGCGGAAGAAGCUCAUUCCCUGGUGAUUGAUCAGGUUGUGGAGGAAGCACUUGAUAAAGCUAAUCUUACUGCAAACAAUCUAUCUGCAGUUGCUGUUACCAUUGGUCCUGGUUUGAGCCUUUGUCUACGCGUUGGUGUGCGGAAAGCUCGUAAACUUGCUGGUGCAUUCAACCUACCGAUCAUUGGUGUCCAUCAUAUGGAGGCUCAUGCUCUUGUAGCCAGGAUCAUUGAGCACGAUUUGCAUUUUCCUUUCUUGGCCUUGCUUAUUUCAGGAGGGCAUAACCUGCUUGUUCUUGCACGCGAUCUUGGCCACUAUAUACAACUUGGGACCACAAUAGAUGAUGCAAUUGGAGAGGCCUAUGAUAAGACUGCAAAAUGGCUUGCUCUCGAUUUGAGGAAGAGCGGAGGACCAGCUUUGGAAGAACUUGCUAAAGAGGGGAAUGCUCAAGCUGUUAAAUUUUCGACACCAAUGAAGCAACAUAAGGACUGCAACUUCUCAUAUGCUGGUCUGAAGACUCAAGUCAGGCUGGCUAUUGAAUCCAGAAAUAUAAAUCCUGAGAUUCCAAUUUCUGCCGCUAGUAUUCAAGAAAGAAGCUCCCGUGCUGAUAUAGCAGCAUCUUUCCAGCGAAUAGCAGUAUUACAUUUAGAGGAAAGGUGUGAACGGGCAAUAGACUGGGCAAGGAAGAUUGAUCCCUCAAUAAAACAUCUGGUGGUCUCUGGAGGGGUUGCCUCAAACAAGUAUGUUAGGUCUCGACUUUACACAGUAGUCGAGAAAAACGACCUGAAACUUGUAUGCCCUCCUCCUAACCUUUGCACCGAUAACGGUGUAAUGGUGGCUUGGACUGGAAUUGAGCACUUCCGCAUGGGAAGAUUUGAUCCGCCACCACCUGCUGAUGAACCUGAAGAUUUCGUGUAUGAUCUGCGGCCAAGGUGGCCGCUGGGGGAAGAGUAUGCCGAAGGAAGAAGUGAAGCACGCUCUCGUAGAACAGCUCGGAUUCAUCCAUCUCUGACUUCUAUAAUUCAAGGCUCGCUUCGACAGCAGUAAUACCCGCUAAGAAGAGCAGCCUUUUACCUGAUCUGGCUUAGGAGCUGCCGUUGCUUGUAUUUUAAGGUCAUUUGCCUUCUCUAGCAGCAUCCAACACCUGCAAACUGAAUGAAAUUUGGAGCUUCUUCAUCAAGUCGACACAAGGAAUCCGAGCAAACCGUACAUCGGUACAUGUGUAACAUAUAUAUGUAAUUUAUGGGUCGUUUGGAAUCCAUAUUUGAAAGUGGUAUUUGCGGUUGAAAAAGAAACUGAGCAAUUGAGGGUGUUAUUCUUCAAAUACCACAAAUAUGUUAUUCUCCAAACACUAGGGGAGGACUAGUAUUUGUGAAAUACCAUAGGAUAGUAUUUCACUGUUUCUUUUUCUUAAUUCAAUAAUUCAUAU